AUGUGCCAUUCGCUCUUCCAAGAGCUUUCCUUGGUCACUGUCCCUUUAAAGUGUUCAGCAUCUGAGACGCUACGAAUCUACUUCCUCAGAAAGGAGGUGUGUGAAGAAUCUUUAUCCUCUAGGAUAGAGAUGGUGAGUGUGGGAGUCAGCACAGAGCCAUGCCGUGCCAGGUGGGAGGUGGAGACAGACAAAACUAUCCUACAGCGGCGGCAAAAGCAGAUAGAUUAUGGCAAGCGCACACCUGGUUACCAGUCCUUUCUACAGCAGGUUCCCAAGGCACAGCGACUGCCAGGACUUCACCCUCAAACGCCAAACAAGAACAGGAGGUACAGCCGUCGAUCCUGGGAUGCCCAGAUCAGGCAGUGGAGAAGAGCCCUACAUUCCUGGGACCCCCCCAACCAGCCUCUGCAGGCUGAGGGGUGGGGAAUGGAGAAUCUCUUAGAGCCAAUGGAUUCUGCCCCUUUGCAACCCUCAGGGAAUCUGGAUGGAGACCAGAAGGGAACCCAGCUUGCAGAUUUGGUGGCUCCUGCCUCCUCCCUUUCCUGGAUCUGUGAGGAAGAUCCCCACCACUGGCUCUACGUUCUAGCUGAUUACAAUUAUCUGUCCCAAACUUGAGUGGAGCACAAAAUAUUUAGGGAAAACAUGUUUUUCAGAGGACUUGUUGCUGAAUGUGACAAUGAAAUUACUUGCAGUACUUCUUUCCAAUCGAUUAAAAAUGAAGUCUAAAACUCUGUCCUUUAAGAGAUCAUAACACGAAGGCAUUGUUUAACCCACCCCAUCUUCCCAUUUUUUUACCGUCUCUCUAAACCUUCUCGAUAGCUGAGACUCAAAUUGACAUAAGAGCCAGAAAUCACCUAGCUUUUCCACAACCUCUUCACCUACUACUAUAUUCAGAUUCUUAAAAAAGGACUGAAACUUUG